UUGCUCCAUUUGCAUCCGAGUUUGUACUUGCUCAUUAUAAAGACAGGCGCGACACGAUCUCUUCUCUUCUCCAGUUUUCGCAAUUCGGAGCUCUGAAACACUGCAACUUAUCCUGCGAUGAUUCGUGAAAAGUCUUAAGACCCAAUCGAAUUGAUUGAUAUAUAGAUUUGUAUAUAUUCCGCUUCUCCAUCUGCCUCUUUUGAUAUACAUAUAUUAUCCUUUGACACUACCGGGGCGCCUCCAUGGACGAAUCAUCGAGCCAAGCCCAGGGCCUGGCUGCAGGCGCUCCUCCUUCUGUGACUGUGGAUGCUCAAUCCCAAUUGCAAUCGCAGCAGGAAAGAGGAGUAGGAGAAGGCGUGGAAGAGGGAACAACCAAAGAAGUGGAAGAAUUGCUGGAGAAGGCACAGAAAUUGAUAGAUAAGAUCACAUCUUCCCCUGAUAACCCUAAUCCUACCGUUCUCCACGCCCUUUCCUCUCUCCUCGAAGCUCAGGAAUCUUUGUACAUGGAAAAGAGUGGACAUUCACCUUUUAAUAAUAAUCGUGCUUCUCAUAGUAUUGGCCGGCUUGGGAACUUAGUGCGGGAUAAUGAUGAAUUUUUUGAAUUGAUUUCUUCAAAGUUUCUUUCUGAAACUAGAUUUUCAACCUCUAUUCAGGCAGCUGCUUCAAGGCUUCUCAUGAGCUGUUCACUAACUUGGAUUUAUCCACAUGUUUUUGAAGAACCUGUAAUAGAAAACAUAAAAAGCUGGGUGAUGGAUGAGAGUGUGAAAUUUUCUGGUGAGGAUCGCUACUGGAAGCAUGAUUUGGGGAAAAAGGAGGCCUCAGAUUCUGAAAUGUUGAAGACAUAUUCAACUGGACUUCUUGCAGUAUGUUUGGCAGGUGGUGGUCAAAUAGUUGAGGAUGUACUGACAUCUGGAUUAUCUGGAAAGCUUAUGCACUUUCUUCGCAUUCGUGUCCUUGGGGAGACAAGUACAAACCAUAAAGACUCUACUUACUUGAUGGAAAGCAAGAAUGUAUCUUCUGCUUCUUGUGUUAGAGGCAGAGAAGAGGGUAGGGGUAGGGUGCGGCAGGUUCUGGAGGCAACUCAUGUAGAUAAUUCUAAGUUAACAGAUGAGAGGGCUUUGGAUGAUCCCAUCAGUGUAGAGCCACUUGAUAGGUUACCUGAUGGGUUUGGAAUGGUUGACUCUGAUGGUAGAGACAAAUUACAAGGUCGAGACCCACGGGAUGGAAAAACAAAAUUUGGAGAUUUUGAUGAGAGUGGGAGAGAUGACUCAUUGAGAUGCAGGCCUUCACGUGGAUGGCCAAGGCCUAGAGGAAAGGGAAGAGCUAACGAGUCUGGUUGUGAGAAUGAACAGGUUUUGACAUCUCUAGGAUCUGGUAGCCGAUCAGGACAGGGACGAAGUUCUAGAGAUAGGAAUUUGAUGAAAAAUUUUGACUUGAGAAGAGAACAAGAUGCAAGAAAGUGUCCAGGAACUAUCAAUCCUGAUGGUUUACCUCUGGAGAGGGAGGAUUCUGAUGAUUGCUUUCAGGAGUGCAGAAUUGGAACCAAAGACAUUUCUGAUCUGGUAAAGAAAGCAGUUAGAGCUGCUGAAGCUGAAGCUAGAGCUGCAAAUGCACCUACUGAAGCCAUCAAAGCAGCUGGUGAUGCUGCUGCUGAAGUUGUUAAGAGUGCAGCCUUAGAGGAAUUUAGAUCUUCCAACAAUGAAGAAGCUGCAGUUCUAGCGGCUUCCAGAGCUGCAUCUACUGUUAUUGAUGCUGCUAAUGCAAUUGCUCGUGACAGGAACAGUAACAUCAAUGAUGACUCGGUGCCUGUUGGUGGUACAGAAACAGAAGCACUUGAUGAUGCUGAAGAAUAUUUUAUCCCUGAUUCUGAGUCACUUGCACAGAUUAGGGAAAAGUAUUGCAUCCAGUGCCUUGAGAUAUUAGGAGAAUAUGUAGAAGUUCUUGGGCCUGUCCUGCUUGAAAAGGGAGUAGAUGUUUGUCUUGCAUUAUUGCAUCGCAGUUCUAAACACAAGGAAGCAUCAAAUGGAGCAGCACUCUUGCCUGAUGUGAUGAAGCUCAUCUGUGCUUUGGCUGCUCAUCGGAAAUUUGCAGCUUUGUUUGUGGAUCGAGGUGGCAUGCAGAAAUUGCUUGCUGUCCCUAGGGUAGAACAAACAUUUUUUGGUCUUUCUUCGUGCUUAUUUACCAUUGGUUCUCUUCAGGGUAUAAUGGAACGUGUAUGUGCACUUCCUUCUGAUGUUGUCAACCAAGUGGUUGAAUUAGCUCUUCAACUUAUUGAUUGCCCUCAGGAUCAAGCCCGGAAAAAUGCAGCCUUAUUUUUUGGCGCUGCAUUUGUCUUCAGAGCUAUUGUCGAUGCUUUUGAUGGCCAGGAUGGUUUACAGAAGUUACUGGGCCUUUUAAAUGAUGCUGCCUCAGUAAGAUCUGGUGUUAAUUCAGGUGCAUUAAACCUGUCUAAUUCAGCGACUCUUCGUAAUGAUCGGUCACCAACGGACGUACUGACCUCAUCAGAGAAGCAGAUUGCUUAUCACACUUGUGUUGCUUUACGACAGUACUUCAGAGCACAUCUUCUUUUGCUAUUGGAUUCUAUUCGUCCCAAUAAAAACAAUCGAAGUGCGGCUAGAAACAUUCCAAGUGUAAGGGCUGCUUACAAACCCCUUGACAUUAGUAAUGAGGCUAUGGAUACAGUCUUUCUGCAGCUACAGAAGGAUAGAAAGUUGGGUUCUGCAUUUGUGAAGACUCGAUUUCCUGCAGUGGACAAGUUCUUGGGCUUUAAUGGGCAUAUUACCAUGUUGGAAUUGUGUCAGGCCCCACCUGUUGAGCGGUAUUUGCAUGACUUGCUUCAGUAUGCAUUGGGUGUUCUGCACAUUGUUACACUGGUAAAUGACAGCCGCAAAAUGAUUGUAAAUAGCACACUAAGCAAUAAUCGUGUUGGUAUAGCUGUAAUUUUGGAUGCAGCAAAUAUUUCUGGUAAUUAUGUGGACCCUGAGAUUAUACAGCCUGCAUUGAAUGUGUUAAUCAAUCUCGUUUGUCCACCCCCUUCAAUUAGCAACAAACCCCCUGUUCUUGCUCAAGGCCUGCAGACCGUUUCUGGUCAACUUGCAAAUCCCACUGCUUUGGAACCUAGAGAUAGAAACGCAGAACGCAGCCAGGGUGAGCUAAGGGAGCGGAAUGGAGAAUCUAGUGCUGGUGAUCGAGGCUCUGCAGCAGUUUCUGCUGCUCGAUCCAUCAGUAGCACAUCACAAACUCCUGUCCCUACUGCAACUUCAGGAUUGGUUGGAGAUAGAAGAAUCUUUUUAGGUACUGGAGCAGGUUGUGUUGGCCUUGCUGCACAAAUGGAACAAGGGUAUCGUCAAGCAAGAGAGGCUGUUCGAGCCAACAAUGGCAUAAAGGUUCUUCUCCACCUUCUACAACCACGCAUAUAUUCACCUCCUGCUGCUCUUGACUGCAUUCGUGCUCUUGCAUGCCGAGUACUGCUUGGUCUAGCCAGAGAUGAUACAAUUGCUCACAUAUUGACUAAACUUCAGGUUGGCAAAAAAUUGUCAGAGCUAAUUCGAGAUUCAGGUAGCCAAACAUCUGGAACUGACCAAGGCAGGUGGCAAGAACUUACCCAGGUGGCGAUUGAACUAAUUGCGAUCGUAACAAAUUCAGGGCGAGCCAGUACACUGGCUGCUACUGAUGCUGCUACCCCUACACUAAGGCGCAUAGAAAGAGCAGCAAUUGCUGCUGCAACGCCUAUCUCCUAUCAUUCUAGGGAACUUCUACUCCUCAUACAUGAACACCUUCAGGCUUCUGGUUUAGCUGCAACUGCUGCUACACUGCUGAAAGAGGCUCAGUUGACACCUUUGCCUUCGCUGGCAGCUGCAUCUUCCCUCAUGCUCCAAGCCUCCACACAAGAAACUCCUGCAGUUCAACUUCAGUGGCCCUCUGGUCGAACACCUUAUGGAUUUCUAUGCAACAAAUUGAAAGCAAGUGUACAUGAAGAUGAUCCCAGCUUGAGAUGUGACUCAGUUUUGUAUUCAAAGAAGAAACCAAUUGUUUUCUCCCCAACUUUUGGUUUACAGUCGAGAAAUCAUUGCGUGUCCCAUGAUUCCAGUCAAUCAUCAUCCAAGAAGGCCUUAGGUGGUUUGAAACAGUUUGCUACUCCUGGAAAUUUAUUAGAAGCACCAUCGGAAUCCUUGCCAAAAAAUAAUCCUGAUACAGAGUCUUUAUGUAAAACUCCAAUUCUACUUCCAAUGAAACGGAAAUUAUCAGAUCUGAAAGAUAUUGGAUUUGCUUCAUCUGGGAAGCGGGUCAGCACUAGUGAGCAUGGACUUCGGUCUCCUGUUUGUUUGACUCCCAAUGCUGUGCGUAGGAGCAGUUUGUUUGGAGAUGCUAUUGGGUUUUCUACUCCUAGUUCUAAUUUGAGGGAUUAUGGUAGAUCAACACCCAGCAGUUUGGUAGAUUAUGGAGAUGACAACCAAUAUAGUAACUCUACCCAGCUUGGGCUUGCAAAUGAUCACCAACCAAGCAACUCAGAGCGAUUAACUCUUGAUUGUAUUGUUGUUCAGUAUCUGAAGCACCAGCAUCGCCAGUGCCCUGCUCCUAUAACCACUCUUCCUCCACUUUCUAUCUUACACCCUCAUGUUUGUCCUGAACCAAGAAGGAGCCUUGAUGCCCCAUCAAAUGUGACAGCUAGGCUUGGUGUUCGUGAGUUCAGAAGUAUAUAUGGUGGGGUUCACGGAAGUCGCCGGGAUCGCCAAUUUGUUUACAGCAGAUUCAGGCUGUUGAGAACUUGCAGGGAUGAUGCUGAUGCCCUUUUGACAUGCAUAACUUUUCUUGGGGAUUCAUCUCAUAUUGCAGUUGGCUCUCAUAAUGGAGAGCUUAAGAUUUUUGACUCCAACAGCAAUGGUGUUCUUGAGAGCUGCACAAGCCACCAGUCUCCUUUAACACUUGUUCAGUCAUAUCUUUCUGGGGAAACACAACUGCUGCUCUCUUCAAGUUCUCAGGAUGUGCGCUUGUGGGAUGCCUCUUCAAUCUCAGGUGGGCCUAUGCAUUCACUUGAAGGGUGCAAGGCUGCAAGGUUUAGUAAUUCUGGAAGUUUAUUUGCAACCUUAACAACUGAGGCAGCUCGACGAGAAAUUCUCCUCUAUGAUGUCCAAACCUGUCAUGUGGAAUCAACCCUAUCAGAUACAAUUUCGACUUCUACAGGUCGGGGGCAUGUAUAUUCCCUUAUACACUUUAGUCCUUCAGAUACAAUGUUGCUUUGGAAUGGGGUCUUGUGGGAUAGGCGACAGUCUGGUCCUGUUCAUCGCUUUGAUCAGUUUACUGAUUAUGGGGGUGGAGGCUUUCAUCCUGCUGGGAAUGAGGUGAUUAUAAAUUCUGAGGUUUGGGAUCUUCGGAAAUUUAAGCUCCUUCGAAGUGUACCGUCACUGGACCAAACAGCAAUAACAUUUAAUGCAUGCGGUGAUGUAAUUUAUGCAAUCUUGAGGAGAAAUCUUGACGAUGUAAUGUCAGCAGUUCACACCCGUCGAGUAAAGCACCCCCUAUUUGCAGCUUUUCGCACUGUAGAUGCAAUCAAUUACUCAGAAAUUGCUACCAUACCAGUAGAUCGAUGUGUCCUUGAUUUUGCAUCGGAGGCAACUGAUUCCUUUGUUGGGUUGAUUACAAUGGAUGACCAAGAUGAGAUGUAUUCUUCUGCUAGGAUCUAUGAGAUUGGUCGGCGGAGGCCAACUGACGAUGACUCUGAUCCUGAUGAUGCUGAAACAGAGGAAGAUGAGGAGGAGGAUGAUGAAGAUGAUGUGGAUGUGGAUCCCAUGUUGGGUCCAGACCUGGACGGGGAUGGGGACAGUGAUGCUGAUGAUAUAAGCAACGAGGAUGAUGAUGAUGAUAGUGUGAGUGAGCUUGAUGAUGAGGAUGAUGGGGACUUCAUUAUGGAUGAUGUAGACUUUGAUGGGGGAGCUGGGAUACUGGAGAUUGUGGCCGAGGGAGAUGAGGAUGACGAUGAUGAUAGUCAAGUGGUUGAAUCUUACAGCAGCAGUGAGGAAAAUGACUUUGUGGAUAAUGGUUUUAAUUAUUAAAUAUUCAUUUUCUAAAUCUAGGCACUAUCUUCUAAAGGACGACUCCAAAUGAUGUAAUAUUUUAUUUUUCUCCCUUGAAUGCAAUUAUAAUCAAUUUAGCCUUUUUAAA